AAUAGUAAGCACAACUCUGGAAUGAAAUCGUAUCACAUGAUAUCACCCUAUAAAACCAGAAGACUCUGAACUCUUGGCAUAGCUGUUACAGUCUGCCUGAAGAACAACAUGGAACAGAUUAUGCAGCAGAGUGUGAAUGAAAAAAAUAAUGAAUGUCUGGAGUCAUACAAAAAGGAAAACAUCUUCUUAGACUUCUGCUUCCUCGUGGAUAGAGAUGAAAAAGAAGAAUAUCCACUGAAACCAGAAGAAUGUAGUACAGAAGGCAGCAGAGAUGGCGAAUGUUCUGUGGAAAGAGUGUGGUGUGAAAGCAGGAACUCUAGCAUGACUUACACCAUACAGUGUGGGAUUACGUCAGUUGAUAGACGUCAGGUUCUGAUCCAGAGUUUAGGCCAGACAAUCAUCCGUCCUGAUUUUUUCCAGGCUUGCGUGAAUAAAUCCAAAUCUGAGAGGAUGACAAUAUUCUACUACAAGUCAGAGAUAGAAGGCCUGAACGGCCUACCUGUCGUGUUAAAAUUUAGCGACUCAAAUCAUUUUCUUAAGUGCACAGAGCAGAACAGCAAAGCAGUUCUCACCAUUGAGUGCUCGGAGCAUGACAGACUGAAGACUAUCUGUAAGAAUGACAAAACCACAUGGCCUUUUGUCUUCCUAUUCUCAACUACGAAGGAGAACUUUUGUCGCUUUGAGUCAGCUGCCUGCAGUGGCUGGUUCAUCCAUACAAGGCUAAAUAGGGUGUAUGUAGGUUCUAGCCAAGACACACAAUGGGAAGAAAAUACUUUUCAAAUUAUCAAUGUAUAAUAAGUCUUCAACCCUAGUAAAUAGACUUUACUAUUCAGAGUUCAUGUGAAGAGCUGUGUUGAAAACAGUAUGAGAUCAGUAUGUAUACAUCCUUAUACCUCAGCUUCUUAAUUCUCAGUAUAUUGUUAUUUCAUUCUCAUGAGUGUAUCUUCACUUUUGUUUCAUCAACCCUGAGAUAUGUUUUCAGAAUUAUUUUCAGUUACAGAAACUGAUUCUGUAUGUUUUGAAAGUAUUAAAAUAUAAUUUUCCAGAUAUUGAUAUCUAUUCAAUUUACUAUAAAUUAUAUAAUUCUAAAAUAACGUAGUGCUUCCAGUCAUGGACCUAAUUAAACCUUGCCAAGAUUGCUUUAUGGCCUAUUUAAAACCCUAUGUAAAUAAAUGUUUAAAUACAGCAAAUCACAGGGUACAGUAUCUAGUGUUGAUGUCACUAGGGCAAAAUUUUAAGGUCAUAAAAAUGUAUGUUUAUUUUUUGUUUGUACAAGUGUAGGUUAAGUCAUAAAAAGUAAUGUUGUUAAUUUUUUACACAGGUGUAAGUUCUUAAGGAAUAAUGUUCUAGAUGUUAAUAGUCUUAUGUGACACAAACACAGAGUCUCAGGUAAUAAAUGUUAAUAAGACUACACGUUAAUUACUUUCUCCACAUACACACAUAGACAGAGGUUCAUUAAGAGCAGUGUUCUUUUUUUCGUCCUACAUGUUUAAGUUAAGUUGCAUACGGAAGGGUUAUUAAGUGUUUUAUUCUCAUUUGUUUAUACAGGUGUAUGUUAAAAGUUCAAUAAUGUUCUAGAUGUUUAACAUUUCUUAUGUGACAAACACACACAAUAAGGAAAUAAAUGGAAAUAAAACUAUAUGUUAAUUACUUCCCUGCGCACACAGAAACACAUAGUUAUUUAUACUCACAACUUAACAUAAUGCUCUAUAUAAUUGUGUAUGUGACAAAUAAAAAUCUUGAAUCUUGAA